AUAGGAGCAUGGAAAAGGAGCAGAUACAUAUACCCAGCACCAAUUCCUCUGUAAGAAUCCUGACAACAAAACAAGAUGAGCUGUCUCUGCAGUACGUGAUAGAGCUCCCAAACAGAAAGAGAAACAUGAUCUCUUUCAGGGUUAUUAUGGUGUUUGCAGCCAUGCUUAGCAUGAUAUGGGCUAGGAGACUUGCCAUUGUAGUUGUUUCAGUGUCCAUUAUAUUGAUGUUGUACUACGAACUCUCGAAAGUUUGCAAGGAGACAGUGACGAUUAUCAAAGAUACCUGCAUCACUUACUCUGCUACCACCCUUCUAGGAAGGAAGAUGUUCCAGUCUGUGCCUCUCAACAGAUUACUGGGUAUUCCGGUAAUUGAGAACAUUAUGGGAUCUAGAGUACACGGUAUUCUGAACCUGAUGAUAAGAACCGGACAAGAGAAGUCAGUACAAGUUCCUCUCUUUACGUCCCUGCGACCAAAUCUGGAUACCAUUAACAAGAUUAGACAUGGAAUACUCAGAUACACAGAGGAAGCCAUAGAGAAGAACCUUUGUGCGUUUGGAAAAGACAACAUCAUGUCGACUGAAGACGUCUUCGAGAAGACCAGAAAAUGCCUUGCACAAUCCUUUAAAGAAAUGAGAAACAAAAAGGGAUCGUAAACUUAUAACUGUGCCGAGUGUACAUUGUAUAUGUUGAAACUGCACUGUAUUCCAUGCGUGUUAUUAUUCAAGAUUAAACUUUCAGCUGCAUCAGUACGCGGUUUAGGAUAUAAGAUCUGAUACCCAAACUGUGGGAAUGUUAAACGUUGUGAUAAAAUCAGUUUGCUGUUUGCAGCGUUGCUGUUUGCAGCGUUGCUGUUGUUUUGGAAUUUUGAUACAGUUUAAUUUAGAGGGUUUAGUUCGCUUUUUCCUUUGCUGAAGUAAAACUUACUGUGUUCUGUUAUGAUUUGAUAACUUUGAUAUGUUCAUUUUGCUGUAGCUUGCACAAGGGCUUAGUUACAUUAAUUAAUGAUCAAAUUAUGAAGAACUUGAGAUUACACAUUAUAUUGGUGGAUGAUGGUAGAUAGUUAUAUGUAGAUACUGGAAUCUGGAUGUUAUGUUUGUGGGUUUUGUGGGUUUGUAAUGGAAUUAUUAAAUUCUUUUGUAGCAUGUUUUCAGUUAAGAGCAAGGGCCCUUUCGGGCUUUCGUAUAAAAUCAGGUACAAGCACGAUCUUUUAAACACGUACCACAAUUUCUUUUACGUCCAUAACUCUGUUAUACAAAGUUGUUCAAAUAUUAAAUAAGGAGUAAGGACGAUGUUACAUGAUAUCCUAGUAUCAAGUUAAGAGGCAUCCUGUGUCAGUGUCAGUGAUCACAAAUCAUUAAAUUUUACUCACAUCAUCAUAAUAAUAUUAUGAUCUGUAAAUUACAAUUCCGACCAUUACUCCACUAUUCAGAUACGGUAUUUUCCGGCAUAUUUUAGCAGAUUCCCCUUUCUCGUAAUAUUCCGAGGUGUAAUCAGCGUAUGUUGGAAUUCCUAUCGGCGAUAAAAAUUAAAUGUGUCACAUCGUCAUAUUAAUAUUAUAAGAUACAAAUAUGUGUGUGUGAUUAAUCAUAGUAUGUGUUUUUGCCCUAAUGAGUGAUGAUAUCAGGUCUAAACCAAUAUAAGUUAAUAUAAGUUAAUGUUAAGUUUUUACAUUUUUACUGUACAGUGGAUAAUUUAACUUCAAUUAAAUUUAAGUAAUGAUUCUAUUUAUGAAAUGUAUUUGUAACAGUAAUCAAGAAAAUAAUAUUUGAUUGUCCAGUCACCCUGAAAAGAUUUCGGUGCCAACCGCUAAUUCUAAAACAUUAUAUGUUAACUAAGUUCAAUCUGAGACUAAAUUGUUUUAGAAUUAAUAAAUGUAACGCCCUUUUGCUUAUUUAUAUUAAGUUCGUGUUUAGAUCACGCGGGAUUUGCAUUGGCUUGAUUUGCUUGUUUUUUAGUCUUAGCACAUUCAGUUUCAGUUUGGGUUCUAAAAUACCUGGCUUUUUUGAUUAUGUGGGUUUGACUUUUUGGCUUUUUUCUAA